AUAAUAAUAAUAAUCCUUUGGUCACAGGUAUGGCUGAACGCUAUCCGGAUGGUGGUAUCACCCGUGGAAAGCGUCGUAAAGGUGGAUGACACAGUUGAUGGCAUCAGAGAAGGCACAUCUGCUGGAUGCUGGACGGUGGGCGUGGCUAAGACAGGCAAUUACGUGGCGGCGUCGCAGGAGGAGUUGGACAGCAUGCCCCUGGAGGAGCUGGAGAGGAAAUUGCAGAACGCCUACGAGAGACUCCAGGACGCAGGAUCCCAUUACGUCAUCGAUACCAUCAAGGAUCUGCCUGACGUCAUUAGGGAUAUCAAUCGUAGGAUGGCGAUGGGAGACAGACCUUAGGCAUAGGAGUCACAAGUCUAUUUUUCCAGUUUGAAGGAAAUUAUUUUAAUUUCCUCGUGUUUCUUAAUGGAUUAUGAAGAUUUUUUUAUCAUUUAACAAAUUUUAUUUAUAACACGUAUUGAUAAUAUAUAUU